UGUACAUUUGAAGUAUGGUAUACGGUUAAGCCACACACCGCCAUAACUUCCCCCACUUGGCACCAGUCAUUUAUCAAGUACAAAUUGGCCCGUGCGCACGACUUGGGGCCACAACCCUCACACAAAAAAUUCCUGUAAUCGAAGUCGGGGCUAGCGCAGGCCAAACCUAAGCGAAGCGCUUUGAACGCAAAUUAUCCACUAGAGAGAACUUCAACAAACCCCCCGCCCAUCUCCAAAUCCAAUUUCGCUUUUCGACAGCGACAAACCCACCACUCGAUCAGCGGAAGAUCCUUUUUCUUGAGACCAUCCAUCAAAUUCCCCUCGACCGCAAUCAUGGCUGACGACCCGGACUACAACGCUGAGGAGGCCGCCGAGCUCAAGAAGAGAAGACAGUUCCGCAAGUUUUCUUACCGAGGAAUUGACCUUGACGCCCUGCUCGACCUCAGCUCCGAGCAGCUCCGCGAUGUCGUCCACGCCCGUGCCCGCCGCCGGAUCAACCGAGGUCUGAAGCGCAAGCCCAUGGGUCUGAUCAAGAAGCUGCGCAAGGCCAAGCAGGAGGCCAAGCCCAACGAGAAGCCCGACCUCGUCAAGACGCACCUCCGAGACAUGAUCGUCGUCCCCGAGAUGAUCGGCAGCGUCAUCGGCAUCUACUCCGGAAAGGAGUUCAACCAGGUCGAAAUCCGACCCGAGAUGGUCGGCCACUACCUCGGCGAAUUCUCUAUCUCAUACAAGCCCGUCAAGCACGGUCGACCCGGUAUCGGUGCUACUCACUCUUCUCGAUUCAUCCCUCUCAAGUAAACAACUGUCUGUCUGUGGAGAGAAGAAAAGUUGGAGGAGGAAAAGGGUUCUUUGCACUUGCAUUCAAUGGAUUGGGCGAACGGAACGGUUCUUUCUCGGUAGAUAGGCAAAAAGAUGACCAUCAACCGAUUGCGCAUGCGCUAUACAUGAUAAUGAUAUGAGAUCAGUCUGCGCUGAAGCACAUUACUACCUG